UUAACACAGUUAAAUGUAAAUAGAAUUCUGUGCACAGUUUUGUUUUUUUAACUUCAUUGUCAAGAAGAAUACUGCGAUGGGGGAAAGAGAGUAGGAAAGGAACAAAAGAAAAGCACAGAAUGCAGUAAAAGAGAGAUUAAAACAGAAAACUAGUAGAGAAGAAAUCAAAAUGGGGAGGAAACAGAAAAUACAGCAGAAUAAACAGAACGGUGCAGAGGAGAAGGGAAUAGUGUCCAUAAACAAGAAACAUGCAUGCAAUAUGUAGGAAGGGACAGAAGAGCAAAACAGACCAAUUGCAGUUUAGCACUUUAUUAAUAAAGGACCCCUGUGGAACAGUGAAAGAUCAAGAUGAGCAUGAAACUACAAAAGAAAAGAUAAGUCCUGAAGGAACAUCUAAAGAUACAGCUGAGGAAUCUGAAGAUGACAAACGGAGGAACUACGGGGGGGUGUACGUAGGCAUACCAGCUGAUGCAGUGUCUGCUGCCUGUAGCAGCUCUAAAGAUGGACGAAAAGUUUUAUACACAUCAUACGGACAGAGAACAGAAUCAGCCAAUCAGAGCCCGCGUGUCUCCUCUUGCAUGGCUCAACCUGCAUCUUAGUUAGGACUUUUUUUUUUUAAUAACAAGUUCAUACUACGGGUAAAUGUGUCAAACCACUUCUGAUUGGUAGAAUCCCCUACUGACUGUGCAGCUCUCCUGGGAUCGCCGGCUGACUCUUUAAGUCUGCUUCUGAAGACUAAGUAGAUGGGCAAGAAUAUGUCACAGAAAAAGGAAUCACAGGUGUAUCUCUAACCUUGAGUAGGUAUUGAUGAUUUAAAUGAGGAAGCUUAGCUACGGAAUUAACUUUGGUUUACCAAGAAAACAUGUAAGGUUUCAUGAAAAUCCAUAAUUGCAGUAAGCAAAAUCCUAUUUUGAGCAAAAUUGCCAUGUUUUUUUCAUUCACAAUGCAGUCAUUUUACCCAGUAUUUCUGCAUCAUUGCAGUUGCAAAGGAUUGCAAUUGCAUCUAGUUUGACAAAAUUACUGUAUCUGCAUGUGUGUUUUCAUGUCAAAUCGGACAUAAUUGCAGGGAAGUCCCUCUGGCGUCAUUUCCAAUGUUCGAUGCGCAAAUGAUGUGUGCUCCUGAUUCUUUAGCCGCAAGUGCGACACAGCCCACUUUUUAAAGUGCCUUUACUGAGCACAGGGAAAAAGCAAAGACUGCAGCUGUGGACGUAAAUUAAUUCUGUAUGGUUUUCAUCACCUAUUACACAGUUUAAUGUCUUCUUAACAACACUAUGAAACCAAGCUAUAGUUUAGCAAGCCUAUUAAAAACAAAACACAACAUUGAUAAUGACUUUCCUUCUUUGCAUACAGCAGUAUCUUUGUGAGUGCUGCACUGUUAAACAUGUAUGUUAAUACAUUAAUUAGUUUAGUAGCAGUAGUUUUCUCCUGCAGAUAACUUGUUUCAUGGUUAUGAGCAGAGGUGUGAGAUAGCUACAGGUGUACGACAACUUAAAAAAGUGCAUGUGUUAGCCAUAGUUUAGAAAAAGAUGCAAAAUGAUUUUUAGUGGUAACAUAAUAUUGUGUAUUGGCUAAUAUUUGUAAUAAUGCAAAAAGAGGACACCUUUUCAGCAGGCAUUUUCAUGAUACACCAUGAAAAUGUCUGAUGAAAUGUUCAAUACACCAGGGUAUUUUCUCUUGUUUACUAAAAAUUGUAAGUAUGCUGUUGCAAAAGUUCUUUUACUAUACAUUCUCUGUGAAAAUGUUACCAGUGUAUUUUUCCCAUACAAUUGUAGUGGGAGAUGAUGCAAAAAUGGCUUCUCUGUCUUUAUGGUAGACAGGUAGUUUGCCAGCCUUAACCUGGAGAAUUUUUUCUUGGUGUAAAUUCACUCUUGUGCGCUAGGUACAUUUAGAUUUUUGGCAAAAUUACUCCAAAUUAUAUCCUUCGUGCUUUAGUAAAUAUGCCCCUUUGUGAUGCUAAAAAAAAUAGGGUACAGUUGUCCUAAAAUAUUUACUUUUUAUGAUUGGACAACAAUGAUGUUUUGGGGAGGGGUUUUUAGAAGAGAGAAUUCACAGCUAUUGGUGCCUUUAGGGUAAUAGGAAUGAUUUCAUAGUGUUUUCCUCCUGGGCGCUAAACUAAGGA